AUGCAUGGGGCUGUCGUGAAAAGAGCGCACGAGCCCGAUAACAACCUAGACGAGAGACGCUCACGUCGCCCGUUAACCUCGUUAUCGGGGCGCUGGAAGUGGGUGAGACGCGGCGGGGGCGGGGGGCCGCCGGCCUCGGCCCGCGCCGUUGGGGGCGGGUGGGGGCGGGGGAAAAUCAAUGACAGCCGCCGCGCGCCGUCUCACCCCGGCCCCGACGCGUUCAUCUCGCGGCCACGUGCCCGGUCACUGGCCUUACACCACCGGCACCAUCUCACCACCGCACCUCGCCACCAUAUAGCCACGGCCCGCUGUCCGGAUGUCGAAGUCGGAUAUUUGGGUUAUCGUACGGCCGCGUCGAUAUGCGACACUUCCGUCACGCGGACGGUGCUAUGCACCCGCCGACAUUGCGGCUCUCGCCUGGCCGCGGUUUACGUGUAUUACGCGAAGAAAAAGCGGAGAGCGCAACAGUACCUGGGCGACGACGGCUCGCACAAGAAGGAGAGGAAGCUAUACAAUGACGGCUACGAUGACGACAACCACGACUACAUCAUAAAGCAGGGGGAGAAGUUCCUCGACCGGUACGAGAUCUCCUCGCCCAUCGGGAAGGGCUCCUUUGGACAGGUUGUGAAAGCGUAUGACCACGAGGAGCAGUGUCAAGUAGCGAUAAAAAUAAUUAAGAAUAAGAAACCCUUCCUAAAUCAGGCACAAAUAGAAGUCAAGUUACUAGAAAUGAUGAACAGGGCAGACGCCGAAAAUAAGUAUUAUAUAGUGAAACUGAAGCGGCACUUCAUGUGGCGGAACCACCUGUGCCUAGUUUUCGAGCUCCUCUCGUACAAUCUGUACGACCUGCUGCGCAACACCAACUUCCGCGGCGUCUCGCUCAACCUCACGCGCAAGUUCGCGCAGCAGCUGUGCACGGCGCUACUGUUCCUCAGUCAGCCAGAACUAAAUAUAAUACACUGUGAUCUUAAACCCGAGAAUAUUCUGCUAUGCAACCCGAAAAGGUCAGCAAUCAAGAUUGUCGACUUUGGUAGUUCAUGUCAACUAGGCCAGAGGAUAUACCAAUACAUCCAGUCGAGGUUCUACCGGUCUCCGGAGGUGCUGCUGGGCAUCCCAUACGACCUAGCAAUAGACAUGUGGUCGCUGGGCUGCAUACUGGUCGAGAUGCACACCGGCGAGCCGCUCUUCAGCGGCGCAAACGAGCUCGACCAGAUGAACAAGAUCGUCGAGGUGCUCGGCAUGCCGCCUGACCAUCUGCUCGAUCAGGCACACAAAACCAGAAAGUUCUUCGACAAAUUACCGGCGUCGGAGGGCGGCGGCUACGUCCUGAAAAAAGUCAACGGAAAGGAUGGCAGCGGCUACCGCAAGUACCGGGCGCCGGGGACGCGGCAGCUGCACGACAUACUCGGCGUGGAGGGGGGCGGGCCGGCGGCGAGGCGCCGCGGCGAGCCCGGCCACUCGGUCUCCGACUACCUCAAGUUCAAGGACCUCAUCCUCCGCAUGCUCGAGUACGACCCCAAGCAGCGGGUGACGCCCUACUACGCGCUGCAGCACAACUUCUUCAAGCGCACCGCGGACGAGUCUACCAACACACAGCAGGCGCAGUCGCACCACCAGCACGUGGGCGGCGCCCGGCUGUGGGGCCCCGCGGAGCGCAUGGAGGUGGAGGGGCCCCGUCGCGAUACACUAGCGCCGGGCCACCGCCCGCACUCGCGCCGCGCACCACGCCGCCGGGGCGAAGCGGGCGCCGAGGAAGCGCAGGCGGACGCGGAAGCGGAAGCGGGCGCGCUAAGCGGGCGGGCACGGGCGGAGCGGGGCGGACGACACGCCGGCACUCGCGCGGGCGACAUCGACUCGGCAGCGUUCCCGCUCCCGCUGCGCCCGCACGGUGCACGCUCAUCGCAGCGUGUGCGGGGCGGCAUAUAUACAGUAGGAUGCGCUUCUCGGAUUAUGCAGACUCCCGAGCGGGUGAAGGAUGAGCGUCGCUCUGCAACUCUCAGUAAGUCGCUGCGCCCCGCGAAAUCUGCGGGCGGGGCGGAAGCGGAAAAUAGUGAUCGGUACCGAGAUGGGACCUACUGUGGCGGGACAGUCGUGCUGAAAAACGGUUAUGGGUCCGCGGCGGAUAACGGCCCGAUGCGGUCCCGCGACGGCCCCGAUUGCCCCAUUGCUCGGCGCCGAGCGCUCGGUUCCGUAUUCGCCCCCAGCCCGCGCGAAGCUUUUGAAGUGAAACUUCUAAUGCGACCUCCAACAAGGUUGCGU